ACCCACUCACACUAAUUAUCAGUCUAAAACAAGAUGGAGGAGGAGAGAGAGUAUGGAUCUUAUUGGGAGUCUCAUUUGUUAGUGUACAAGCAGCCGUUGGUCUGGCUAGCUUCUUCUCUUAGCAAUAGAAAUGGGACCACAUCAACAAUAUACCUCCUGGCUAUACUGGCAUCUGUUAAUGCACUCAUCAUGUUUAUUGCAUCUUUAUCUCUUCCAAAUCUGCUGCUUUUUGGAGUGAUAUUACUAAUUGUUGCCUUCUCUCUUGCCUUCUGCAUAUUCAUAAACCUGUCAAACAGGUUUAAGAUGUACCCAAACUGGGGCGACAGGGAGGAAGGGUUGUACAAAUUGCUGUGCUCUAAAGUUGGCAACAUUCAUUUUUGUAUCAAAAAUAAAGUUUGUUACAUUUUAAAAAUGAGAGGAGAUGAUCCCAAGAAGUUUUAUGGUUUUGGAAUUGCUGCAUCAUUUCUAUUCUCUUAUAUCGGACAAGUACUAACUACUUCAGCUGUGCUUCAUUUAGCAGUUAGUACAUUGCUAUUGACUCCAUUGAUUAUUCAUCAUCAAAUACACACUCAUAUAAUGAACAAGAAUUGGGAUCAACUAUACAAUUCAAUAUCAAUGAUUGCCAAGUCACUAGUUGAUGCUGUCAAAAGCAUGACAAGAAGAUCUCCUCAUAAGCAAGAUUAACAGAUUAUAACAAUUAUUUUUUGUUGUGUCAAUUAUUUUGCUAGUUUAGUUUGAAAUGCUUGUGUGUAUUGCAUUGAGAAGUUUGAAAAUUAAUUAAAAAAUCCAAAUUUGAUCGGAA